GCGCCGGAGCACGGCGCGCCCGAGGCCCUCGCGCACCCGGCGCUCGUCGUCGUCUGCGCGGCGCUCGCCUGGCCCUUCCUCUGCCUCGACGAGCGGAGCCUCUGGGCGACGCUCGGCGCGCUCGCCGUGCAGGCGCCGUGCGGGCCCUUCCGCCUCGUCCUCGACCGGCGCCAGGAGCGCAUCUGGAUGUCCGAGCCCCACGGCUUCCCGCCGGGGCUCAUCUACGAGACGCCCAGCGGCUUCAACCUCGGCGCGCGCCCCGCGCGGAGCGCUCCGCGCGCCCCGGCCGUCGCGCGCGACGGCACGGGCGACUUCCUCUUCUACGGCGUCGUCGCCGGCCGCGCCGCGAUGCGCGGCGCCGCGCCCGCGGCCGCGACGGCCGCCGGCGUCCUGCUGGGCAACGUCGCGAACGUCGUCUGGUCGCACCGGAGCGGCGGCGACUCCGUGCCGGCGCUCCCGAUGGCCAUCGCCGCGGGGCUCGCGGCCUACGUCGCCGCGGUCGGGGCCGCGCUCCCGCUCCUGGCGGGGCUCGGCGGCGCGGCGCUAGUCUAG